UAGCUUCUUCUGUAAAUAAUUAAAAUGGAGAACGUUCUGACUUUAGCCACUGAUGAUCUUGUUAACUCCAAUGCCCUGCAAAUCAAUGUGGGCGAGGACGGACUGGCCUCGACAGUGGGCCUGCCUGUCAACGUAGUGCCGGCAGAGGGAAGCUAUGUCAUCAAACAGCUGGACGACGGCACCACCGUCCUGCUCGACGCCAUGACGUUUCUGAAUCACAUGGGCGGCCAGCUGGUGCUAAACAGCGCCCCGGUUGGCACGGACCUGCUGACUCACAGCAUCUUCAACGCUGUGGACGCCGACCCGGCCGGACACCAGCUCAUACAGGGCCUGGAGACGGUGACUGAGGAGGUACCGCUGGACGUGCCGCCGGCGGCGCCGGCCGGCCGGCCCCUCUCCUCAGUCGAGGCCCUGCUGGCAGAAUCCGGCGACCUCACCGGCCACCGGGAUCCCGGCGAGCCGGACCAGGAGCCGCAGCCGGCGGCCCCGGUUCCGCAGCUGCCGACCAGGGGACGGGUGCCGCGGCUGUACCCGCCGGAGCCGGAGGAGGAGCCGCCGGGACCGGCACCGUGGACAUGUCCCCGCUGCUGCAAGAGGUUCAACCUGUGGAAGCGCUACCUGAACCACGUCAAGCUGCACGACUACGAGAAACCCUACAAGUGUUACAAGUGCCGAGAAGAGUUCAACUUCGAGAAGAACCUGCAGCUCCACCUGGUCACGCACAACCCGAACCAGCUGCAGUGUCCCGACUGUGACCGCCUGUUCCGGCGGUUCGCCUCUCUACGCUCCCAUCUGGCUGUGCAUGAGGUGGAUGAGACGAUCCUGUGUCCGCACUGCCAGCAGGACUUCCCCACGCAGGUCCUGUUGGACAAACAUCUCCCCGUACACACGGCUCCUGCCGCUGAGGAGGACGCACCAGCCGCCGCCCCUGCGGUGGAGCCCCCGGCACCACAACCCCCGCAGCCUCAGCGGCCGGCCAAGCAGCCCGACUGUCUGGCCGACGCGGCGGCUGAGGCGCUGGCCGAUACUACCGAGCUGGUACUGGUGCGGCAGCCGCCGCCGCCCGACUCCCUCCACUGCACACAGUGCAAAAUGGUGUUCACCAACUAUGACGACCUUCAGGAGCACGUGCGCGCCCACCGCACGGUACAGUCUCUCCUUACGGUGAAACAGAGGCGGCGGCGGCCCAAGACGGCCACGCCGUCGGGCCGCACGCGCUGUAAGCUCUGUGAGAAGACGUUCGCCAAGCCCGGCCUGCUGACAAGGCAUAUGCUGAUCCACACGGGCGAGCGGCCCUUCAAGUGCGAGCAGUGCGACCGAGCGUUUAACCAGAAGAAUGCGCUCAAGGUCCACAUCGAGUCAAAGCACGGCAAGCUGCGUCCACACCAGUGCCAGCUGUGCCGGCUGUCGUUUGCACAGAAAGGCAACCUGCGCAACCACGUGCGGCGCGUUCACAAUCUGAGCGAGACCACGCAGCGCUCGCACGUCUGUUCCCAGUGCGGCUGCGGCUUCACCUCAGCCGCCGUGCUGAGCAGCCACGUCAGUAAAAUGCACGAGCGGCCACCGGGCGCGGAGAUCGGUCCCGAGGCGCUGCGCGACCUGGUCAAACAGCUGCUUGAGUACUCGGCGGCCAACGAGGCGGCGCGCGAGCGCAUCCACGCGCAGAUCGCAGACAUUGCCGGCUCGAUUGUGGAUGAUGAUCUGCCGACGGUUCUGGCGGGCCUGGUGGGGAAAAAGGCGAGUGCGGCAGCCGCGGCGGCGGCGGCACGCAGCACCGGGACUGGAGCGGGAGCGACGGAGAAGGACGGGCAGACAGCGCCGGAGGGAGAACGUUCGCAAGAGAUCACGCUGCCAGACUUGGAGCACGUUGAGCAGCAGGACGACCAACAGCAGCAGCAGCAGAUGGAUGUGGAGUCGGAGCCGGUGCCGGACGUCUCCGUAACGCCGGUGGCUCGUACGGUGCACGAGCUGACACCUGCUGAGCCUAUACCUGCCGAACCUGGCGCAGAAGCUGACGUUGAACCUGCCCCAGAGCCUGGAGCGCAGCCUGUCACUGAACCUGCCACUGUUCCUGUCACUGACCCUGCCACCGAUACUGCCACAGACACUGCCCCCGACCCUCCCGUUCCUCCAACUACCUCGUCCAUCAGCCCGGCCAAGGCAGCCUCCAUCAUCUCCUCCAUCACCAGCGCGGCGGCGGCCGUGGCCGGUCCGAGCGAGGACGGCGAGGAUCCCGGCCGCCACCGUCCGGCCAUCAUCACCCUGGUGGACAAGGUGGGCUGGGCGAGCGGCGCGCGCCGCUCCUGGGCCAACUCUGACGGCGACCCGGGCUCGGACAGCGCCGCCCACCAGCAGGGCAGGAAGUACCUGGUCAGGGUGCGCUACGAGGGACGCCGCAGGUGGUUCCAGUGCCUGUUCUGCACCAAGGAGUUCCGCAAACCGUACGACCUGGUGCGACAUCUGCGCAUCCACACCAAGGAUAAACCGUUCAAGUGCGCGCAAUGCCACCGGACGUUCACCGUCCGCUCCGGGCUGGAGGCGCACAUGCGCGUCCACCGUGGAGUAAAGCUGGCCUCCUGUCCCAUCUGCCAAAAAGAGUUCUCCACUGCCAGCGUUCUCAGGGUGCACCUCAGGGUUCACACGGGCGCCAAGCCGUACUCGUGUCAGUACUGUAACAAGGCCUUCCGCACGCUGGGCAACAAGAACACCCACGAGUCGUUCCACCGCGCUGGCGACCUCGAUGAUAACGGUAAAGACAUGCGCGCCCAGCGGCGAAAGGCGGACGCCACUGGUAUCGAUGACGUACAGCUGGAGCCGCCGAUACGGAUCACCGAUGACGGCAGUCUGGUUCAGGAGGACACGCGCCGCGGUCAGCAGCAGCAACUCGCCGACGGAGAGUCCUCCGAGGACCGUCCUCACCGCUGCUCAAUCUGCCACCUCGCCUUCAAGAAGGUCUCCCACAUGCGCCAGCAUUACCGGCGCCACACGGGCGAGCGGCCGCACCAGUGCCGAUUCUGCUCAAAGGGCUUCAUCACGUCCAGCGCGCUCACCACUCACGAGCGAACGCACACGGGUGCGCGCUUCUACAAGUGUCCCAUCUGCAGCGUGUCUUUCACCACCGGCAGCAGCCUCAAACGGCACAUGUCCACACACACGGAGGAUCGCCCCUUCAUGUGCCCGUACUGCCAUCGGCGCUUCAAGACACGCAUCAUCUGCGCCAAGCACACGCGCACCCACAAGGCGGACCUGGCGCGUGGUGUUCAACCCCAGCCGGACGUGGAGUGCGCCACCGCUCUUGGUGUUGGAGCCGACGAACCGGAGCCAGAUCCGGAUCCGGACCCGGAUCCGGAGCCGGAGCCGGAGCCGGAGGCGGCCGGGGACGGCGGCGGAGACGGCACGCUCUUCUCCGGACUGAUGGGAGAGGAAGAGCAGCAGCUGCUGGCCACGGGACUGGCGGACGGAGGGUACACGGCGCGCGCGCAGAACGUCAGUGUGAUUGUGGACCACCACGGCAGGAUGGUGCAGUGUGAGCUGGCUCCCGGGCAGGUGCAGACGCUGACGACCAACCCCGACGGUACUGUGGCGAUCACCGGACUCACCGAGCAUCAGAGCGGCGCACAGGCGGGCCUGGAUCACCAGCUGGCCUCGGGUCUGGAGCAGCAACUGUUCACCAGCGCUCAGCUGACCCAGGACAAGACAGCUGACUCGUCCGGCGCUCACCAGCAGACGCUGGUGAUAACCAACAUCGCCUCCCUCGGUCAGACGCAUGACGGUACGGUGGCGGUGGCCGAGACUGGGCUGGACCCGGCGGCAGCGGCGGGCGGCGACAUCGACUCGGAUGACGAUGAGGUGCUGCGCCUGCGGAACGAGCAGCACGGCCAGAUGAUUCUGGAGAUGGACUCGGACAACAUCCUGCUGCAGGACCCGUCGCUCUCCCAGCCGCUGAUUCAUCGGUGCCGCAUCUGUAAGAAGAUGUUUACCACGCAGCUGGCCCUCGCGGCCCACGAGGAGGAGCACGGUAUCGGCGUCACGGCAGUCACCCCGGCGGCCCCCGCUCCGGCCGCGGCGGCCGCCACCCGGCCGACCGAGGCGCACCUCUGCACUCAGUGUGUGAGCGUGUUCGGGUCGGCGGAGCAGCUGGCCGCCCACCAGGCUACCCACGAACCCCAGCCGGCCCAGCAGCCGCCAGCGCCGGCCCAGAGCCGACCGGCGACGGCGGUGGCCCAGGAGCCGCAGGAGGAGACAGGACAUCAGUGUACCAUCUGUGGGGCAUCGUUCCUGAACGCGACCUCACUGAAGAAACACAUGGCCGGCGAACACAAAAAGUCUAAGAAGAAAAACAAGCCGGUGAUUCGACUCAGUGAAAAGCUGACUGCAAAGCUGGCAGAGCAGCCGCUCAACACCACCCGGUCUCAGGCGGAGAUCUGCCUCAUCCAGUCGGCCGUCGAGAAGGUCCAGAACGGCCCAGUUCCGCGGGCCGAGCCAGAGGACGCGGCCGAAGUCCAGCUGAAGCACAGCUGCCAGAUAUGUAACAAAGCGUUCCGCAAGCCGUCUGACCUGGUGCGACACGUCCGCACUCACACGGGAGAGAAACCCUUCGCCUGCGAGAUCUGCGGCAAACGUUUCACGGUGAAAUCGACCCUGCUGGGCCACAUGCGCACCCACUCCGGCCAGCGCGACUUCCAUUGCCUGGUGUGCAAGGCGUCCUUCAGCACCAAGUGCUCGCUACGCGUCCACUCGCGGCUGCACACGGGCGCGCGGCCGUACGUGUGUGAGGUGUGUGGCCGGGCGUUCCGCACCUCGGGACACCGCAGCAUCCACAUGACGACGCACGGCUUCCAGCGCGGUGGCCGGCGCGCCGCCGCUGCGGGCGAGAAGGCGGCUGAAGGGGGGACGGAGGGCCGGCAGGAGGGCGGUGCUCGCGGCGGACAGACGGCAGGACAGACGCUGACUGCCCAGCUGCAGGGAGUGCUGGAGGAGCUGACUGCGGGGUCGGCCGGUCAGAAGGGCGCCGCCACCGGCGGCCGGGGUCGGUCGCAGGCGCGGGCCCAGCUGGUGACCUCCGACGCCAUCCUGGAGGAAGACGCGGACGACCCGGGUGUCCAGCUGAAGCAGGAGGAUCCGGCGCCGGCGGCUGUUGCAGCUGUGGAACAGCCGGCCGGCGGGGAGUCGGUGCUGCAGCUGGAGGCCGGCCUGGCCGAGCAGCUGCAGCUGGUGCUAGCCUCCCAGACGCCGGACGGCGCCUCCGGUCUGCCCAUGGACACCGAGCUCCGUGUCCAGCUACAGAUCGACGCUGACGGCAGGAUUGUCGGCGUCGAGGCGGUGCCGCCGACGGAGGAGGAGACGGCCGGCGCGGCGGAGCCGGCGGCCGGCGGUGACGGCGGCGCCGAGCCGGCAGCGCGGCCCGACCCGGAGCAGGCGCGCACGCUCCGGCAGGUGGUGGCCGGCGCGCUGCAGGAGGUCGGCGCCACCGGCAGCCUGCGCUGCACCGUCUGUGAACGCGCCUUCACCAGCCAGGGUCAGUGGCGGCGCCACAUGCGCACACACGGAGUGGAAGUGGCCGCGCCGGCGACCGGCCGCUCCGCGCACAUCUGUCCCGACUGUCUGGCCUCGUUCCCGACGGCCUCUCAGCUGACGCGCCACCGCCGCACGCACACCGGCGAGAAGCCCUACAAGUGCGAGCUGUGCGAGCGAGCCUUCUCGCAGAAGAACGCGCUGCAGGUCCAUGCCAUGACGCACGUCGGUGAGCGGCCGCACACGUGCCCGUUCUGCGGCCACGGGUUCGCGCAGAAGGGUAACAUGCGCACUCACAUCCGGCGCGCCCAUCUGAAGAGCGCGCUCGACACUCUGGUGGUGGACGCCGGAGCCGUGGAGGAGGGUGGCGCCCAAGGCAAAGCCUGAGCGAGGCAGGGGCGCAGAGACGGCGGCUGGGUGAAGUGUCAGCACGAGAGGGAAUGAAGGGGGAGUGUGGUCAGUGGUGAUAAAUGCCAAAUUGAGUGAAGUAGCGUUGAAGUAGUGGUGAUGCUAAGGACUUGUGAUUUUUCGAGAUAAGUGAUCUAAUGUGUAUGCAAGCAUGGCGGUCGUGUGCUUCUACCAAUGGAGGUGGCAGCAUGAAUCUCAACGGCUGUGAUACGAUUUGCGGGGAGCGUUUCAUGACUCGUGUGUUGAUGUUGCGAUAAUUGAUUGGUGUAAAUAUGAAACCGAAGCCGUAGCCAAUGUUGGUUCCGCUGCUCUUCAACUUAUAUCUCGUUUCGUUAGGCGCUUCGGUUUGUAAUCAAGCUGCAGUAGUUGCGUCCGCGGUCCGACCCUGGAUUAUUUAAAUUUCUAAACCGUCCGGGCAGGGUCUUCCCAUAUUGUUCUUUUGCUUUACAAAGACUCUGAGAUCUCCAUUUUGAUUGCACGGUUAAUAAUAAUUUGCUAGAAUGCUAGUGCUGUCUUUAGUAUUUUUACACGAGAAGAAGUGCAAUCUACAACAGCUCGCACCAAAAUGGCAUUUUUCCGCAAAUUUUCCUCAAUCACGAUACGUAUGUUUUAGGGCCGUGAUCACGAUGUUGUAAAGUCCAUGCUGUCUUCUUGUCCGGUUCUGCUUUACACCGCUCAGUGUUGACCGUUCCCAAUUUGCCAAGUCGUGACCUAAAUCAAGCUCAUUCUUUUCGAAAACUCCAAUCUUCCUCGAUUUCAACAAUCUACCAAAGACUCAGCCAUCUCAUCACCCGAGGCGCCAUGUCCAAGAGCUUCGCGUGCCGUCCUCCGCCGGAGCGGGACGGCAUCUGGAUGAAGGAUCGGUUCUACCCCACACCCCCUGGCGACCACUACCAGUCGACGGCCGGAGCGCUGUUCGCGGACCGCACCGACGCCGCGCCUGACCGGCCGCUGCCCAGGAAGUUCGAGCUGAUGGAGACUCUACGUUCCGAGCACCUACGCUUCCCGUUCACCAUGCACGACAACCGGUACCAGCACGAGACACUGGGGGAGAGCCUGCGCGGCACGUACCGCAAGGCGCGGCCCUGCUGCAUCAACAGGGAACACUCUGAGAGUGAACCAGACGCUUUCAUAGACACGGCCGGCCGGCCGACCAGCAAGCAGCGACUGCAGACCAUCGCCAGGGAGACGUUCCGGGUGCCGGUCGGCGGGACGGCCGCGCGUGCACGCCGCUUCCCACACGAGCAGCGGUGUCCGUUCACGGACGGGAGCUGUGAACAUCGGCCGGUAGCCCAGAGACGCUGUGAGCCGGCGAGCACCGGACCGCCGGCCGCCGCCGAGGCCUGAGAGGCGCCGAUGGAGAGGCUAAGGGAGGUUUUCAAAAGGCCAGGCAGAUAGUAUUUCUUCCUGGUUGCGACGCCACGGAGAGAAUCGGUGCCGAGACUGCAGCACAGCGUCAGUGAUAAUGCAGCGUGAUGACUGAUGAGUCAGUUCGCCCGGCCCAGGCUGAUAUUAGACCGGCGUAAGUAGGGUGCAAAACAGUGAAACUGAAGAGAGCCGAACCCAGAACCACAAACUGCUGCACAAUAUUGACUCAACAGCACCGUACCUAUGCAGGAUCAGCUAGAAGACGAGCCGAGCCUUCAACGAACGAGCAAAGAACGAAAUAUUUACGUGUGAACGACCGGCACCAAACGCCGGACCCAAAGAGCUUGAAACCACGAUUCGGAAUCAUCGGACACUUUCAAUCAGUCUUUCACUGAACGAGUGACCGAGUAAUACCCAACUGUGUGAAGACGGAGCCGGCGGGAAGCACUGCUGAUAGAGCGGUGUCAUCUUGAUGCGCCAUCGAACCUCGUAGAACGGCCAUCGACCAAAGAAUGUAGUGUUUCUAGAUCAGUCAAACACCAGUUUCAAUAUAAGCAACAAUUCUUUAUAUAUGGAA